AUGGGUACAGUACAUGAGGACAGUUGCCGUAGCCCGAGCUAUACCGUCACAUGUGAUGAUUAUGUUAAUGUGGUCGAAUUCAACCCCUUCCCAUCUGGGACCCCUACAUCUCUCUUAGCCUAUGGUGGGAACCAAUAUGUUGUCGUUGGAACGUGCCUCUUUCAGGAGGAGGAUAUGGACAUUGAAGGUAUUGAGUUCACAGUUCUUCGAGCUUUUCAUCAUGAAGUACGAGUUGAUGCUCUUGCAUGGAGCCCAGAGUCCCAUCUGGAUCGAAUUCCUCAUAUCAGAUUCUGCACUGUUGCUGCUGACAAAAGACUGCGGCUAUUCACUUCGGAUAUUCAGGAAAAGCACGAAGUCAAGAUAAUGGAAGGCCACACAAGCUACAUUAACCAUUUGGUGUUUGAGCCUACCGAGGGAAAACAGAUUGCUUCUGUCAGUGAUGAUCACACUUGCAGGGUUUGGGACCUAGAUGGCAAUGAGAACACUACACUGAGACUUCGCUCUCCAGGCAUCAGUGUGUGCUGGCACCCUAAAGAAGUCCUUAAAUUAAUGGUGGCGGAAAAAAGGGGCACAAUACGUUUUUAUGACCUGGUCACCCAGCAGGCCAUUCUGUCCUUAGACUGCGGCCAGGCGCCACUUAUGUCAGCUGAUUGGUGCCUAACGAACACCAUUAAAGUUGGUGCUGUGGCUGGAAACGACUGGCUCAUCUGGGACAUCGCGAGCUCCAGUUAUCCUCAAGAAAAAAGACCUGCCCAUACAGAUAAAGCACGGUUAUUCAAGUGGUCACGAGCAAAUGAAAAUCUCUUUGCAACCACUGGAUGCCCUGGAAAGAUCAGCAGUCAGCUGCUUAUGCAUCACCUGGGACAUCCACAGCCUGUGAUGAUUGGAUCCGCAGCAGUUGGAUCAGGACUAAGCUGGCACCGCACUCUCCCGCUCUGUGUUAUUGGUGGGGACAGGAAGUUAUGCUUUUGGAUGACUGAAAUGUAA